GUGGCGUACAGACGUGGACGGACGCAUACAUUUGCAUUUGAUUCAAGUGGAUUUUUGUGGGCUUGAGAGCAAAAGCAUCGCGCGACGUUUCGCUUCGUAUCGGUUCGAUUUCGAUUUCUCGGUAUCGUUGUCGCUGUCGGUUUUCGGUAAAGUUUUUUGCCGUUGUCGUUCGUUGAGCUGAUCGGUUGCCCAAGUUGCAACCUCAGCGAUUUUCUCGGCAAAUUGCAUUCGGCAGCAGUUCGGCUUUGAUUGAUGGACUGAACUCACACAGUUGCCGGACACCGACUCGGUCAGUCUAUCAACAAGCGCGUCUUAACGACACACAAAAAAAAAAUAAACCCACUUCAACGAAAUCUAAAAUCUAAACUCCAAAUCAAAUACCAAAAAAAAUAAAAAAGAAAAGUAAGAGAAAAAAAAGAGCAGAGAAUUGCAAUCAAAUUUUUUGUGUGCUUGCUAUUCAUUUUUAUGUUAUUGCCGCGUUGUGACGCUUUCGCUUUUCUCGGACCUUUUGGACGUGGAUUUUAUAGCGGUCCCUGCAGGCGCUUUAUUCUAAUAACCCUCGAGUCGAGUUGAGUCAAGUCAAGUCAACAACAACAACAACAAACACACAUAGAAAUACACACGCACACACGCACAACAGACUGUUGGGGGCGAAUCAUAUUAAACAAGUUCAAUUCACAUUCGCAUUCGCAUUUCAAAAUGUUUAUCGAGUUCGCGUUGUGCUCAGUUGUGCCGCCCCUGUUGUGCCCAUCCCUGGUUGUUCCCAGUUCCAACUCUAUGUCGUCGUCGUCGACGUCGUGUGCUUUGCCUUCAUAAAUUAUACAAGCGCAUUUUGUGAACGACUUGCAAAUAAAUAAGCAUUUACGCUUUUAUUAUUGUGCGGAAGUGUAGCUGUGUGUGUGUUUGUGUGUGCAUAUAUAUGUGUGAGUGUAUCUGUGUCUGUGUGUUAUAAGUGAAUCGUGUUCAUUCUACAGAAAUCGGUCCCAUGCGGCGCAAAGUUGCCCAAAAGCCGAAGCAACAACACCAAAAGUAAAACCAAAUCGAGCUUUUGCCUUUUUUGCCUUUGCCUCGCUUAAUAUCAUCAUACAAUAUAAUAUCAUAUCUGCCUCUGAUUUGUGAAUACCGAUAAAAACCAACAACAACAACAGAAGAACGCGAUCCAGUGAAUAUCAAGCGAAAAACAAGAACAACAAUAACAAUUACUAUUAAAGAGCCUUUGAAGCGAAAAUGCUGACAACUUUGAGGGACAACGCGGCGCAUACGCAAUUAGCUUAAGAGUCGGCAGAACGAGUUACGAGAAGACAAACAAGACAGCAACUGCAAAACGGCGGCAACAAUAUGAAUUGCCUUUGCCGACCCUCGCGGAUUAUGUCCGUGCGCAUUAAUUUGCUGGAUGAAACUGACUUCAUACACGAGAUCAAGGAUGAUUUGCCGGGCCAAGCGCUGUUGGAUGUCGUUUUUGCCAGGCUCAAUUUAAUCGAGACUUCAUACUUUGGCAUUCGCUACAUAGACGACGAGAAUCAAACGCACUGGCUGGAUCCAGCGUCACGCAUUUCACGCCAACUAAAGCCCAAAUCGGAUCCAUAUGAUUUGUAUUUUGGCGUUAAAUUUUAUGCCGCCGAUCCUUGUAAACUGCUCGAGGAGAUAACGAGAUAUCAACUUUUCCUGCAAGUCAAACAGGAUGUGCUACAGGGUCGACUGCCUGUUGCCUUCGAGUUGGCCGCCGAAUUGGGCGCCUUUGUGGUGCAAUCCGAAUUGGGGGACUACGAUCAGCGGCGGCAUUCAAAGGGUUAUGUGUCGGAGUUUCGCCUGCUGCCCAAUCAGAGCAGCGAGUUGGAAGCCCGCGUCUCGGAGCUGCAUCAACAGCUCAAGGGCAUGUCGCCAUCGAGUGCCGAGUUGAACUAUUUGGAUAAAGUCAAAUGGCAUGACAUGUACGGUGUUGAUUUGCAUCCCGUGCUGGGCGAGGACAGCGUGGAAUACUUUUUGGGCCUGACACCCAGCGGAAUUGUCGUGCUGCGCAACAAGACGACGGUGGCUCAUUACUAUUGGCCGCGCAUUGCCAAAGUUUAUUAUAAAGGACGCUAUUUUAUGCUCAGGAUAAGCGAUAAAAAUAAUGAGCUCAGCACUUAUGGCUUUGAGACUCCAAGGAAAUCGGCGUGCAAACAUUUGUGGCGCUGCUGCGUGGAGCAUCAUGCGUUCUUCAGGCAGGUGCGCGUUGCACCGCUGCCCAAUUCACAGUCACAUGCAGCGGAUUUGUUUCAACUCGGUUCGCGCUUUAGACACAGUCGCACGGACAAGCAAACGGAGAAGGAUGCACUUGCCGCCGGACGUGCGCCGCCAGCGUUUACGCGUGUUCCCUCCAAGCGCCAGCCACGACGCGUGAUUGAUGACUUUUUUAACAGCAACAACGGAGGUGGUGGCGGAGGCGGUGGAGGCGGCGGUGGAGGAGGUGGCAUCAUCUCUAUGGGCAACCGUCCGCUGCCACAGCCGCUGCCGCUGCAGAGCUUGGCCAACAGCAAUGGCAACAGCGCCAACAACUACGACAGUCCCUACCGCUCCACGUAUAGUAUACCCACAAGCCUGGGUCUGCGUCCCAGCAACAGCAGCAACAGCCAUCAGCAGCAGCAGCAGCAGAACAACAACUCCAGCAGCUACAACAACAAUGGCAGCAAUUUGCAGACACCUGACUCGCCUCGCAGCACGCGCAGCGCUCCCUGGCCGAGAUCCCAGCAGCGUUCGCUCUUCGGCCACAAUCCCUCAAGUCCACGCUCGGUGCGUUCGGUCAGCACCACGGGCGGUGGUCUGCAUCAUCAUCAUAGCCAUCACAGCCAUGGCCAUGGCACCAGUCAUCAUCAUCAUCAUCAUCAUCAACAGCAGCAGCAGCAGCAACAAACAUCGUCGUCGUCGUCGCAUCAUCAGCAUCGACAGCAACGCGCCAGCUCCUCAUCCGCCUCGCAUCAGCAGCAACGCUAUCGCUCCAGCUCCGUGGAGAGUCAUUCGUCCAACGAUUCGCGCUCCACGCGACGCCACAAGCAUCGCCAUCGUCGCACCUCGGACAAUGAGAGCGAGCUGUCUCGUGGCUCAGGUCGUUCGGGGCGUUCGCAUCAUCGCAAGCACCGACGCUCGCAUCGACAUCGUCGUGACUCUGCCGGUGGCUCCGAUCAUGACAGCACACGUGGACGCAGUUACUCCGGACAUCGCAGCUCUUCGAUGCGCAGCGGCAGCGCUGAGCUCAUCGAUUCGACCACUCAAUGGCGUGAGGUUCAACGUCGCCAGGCGGAGGCGAGUCUGGGACAGAGUUCGGUGCAACAAGCAUCGGUGUCCAAGAGCAGCAUGGUGGCUCGCAGUCUGCACAGCAACGACAGUCACUCGGACACACAUUCGCAUCACAAGUCGCGACGCCAUCGCAAGAAUAAAUCACCUUCCGAGUCACGCAGUCGCAUGUGGAACAGCGAGCUGGCCAAGCAUCUGCAAUUCGAUCUGGUGGACACCGCUGGCAUGUCGGAGCAGCAGCUACGCGAGAUUCCCUACACAGUGGUGGAGACCACCUCGAAGCGUUCCAACUCCAAUCUGAAGAUACACAAGAGCAACAGCAAGAGCAGCGUCGGUGCCAAGAGCACAGGCUCAGGAAACACCAUCACCAAUGGCAGUGGCUCAGGCAAUGCGGGACAGGCCAAGAAUCGCGUGGAUCGCAUUCGCGGACUCUACUACCAAAGCUCUCAUCCGCAUGAUAGCAAUGGCGGCGGCGUCGGCAAUCCUGGCGGUGGUGGCCACGGAGGUCACGGUGGUGCAGCUCCCAAGAACGGUUCCAUACGCUCGGCCAGCACGAUCUCUUCCCGGGAGUGCGAACGCAACAAUGGACACGGCUUAGUUCGCAUGAUGUCCAGCAUGAGCAUGGGUGACUUCAUCUCGCCCACGGGAUCGAAUCUGAGUCCACUGGAGAACUCGGCGUUACGUGUUUCACAUGAGCACACAGACUCUGGACUAGGAGCUGAUCAGGACUAUGCAUACUCCUCAGAAAGAUCCAGCGAUAGCACACGUUAUGGCACCAACAAAUCAUCGGGCGCCUCGAGCGGCAGUCAUCGCAAGUCAGUUGGCAGCGCCAGCAACGGCGGCGGCGGCAACAACGGUGGAGGAGGUGGAGGUGGCUACAACAGCCUCAUGCAACAGACUGUGAGUAAUCAGCAGCAGCAACAGCAACAACAACGUUCGCUCUUCGCACAGCGACAACAGAAGCCCAAUUACAAAUACGCCAACAACUCCUCGAACUCCACAUCGUCCUCCACUAACCCAAAACAAAACCUGGCGCCCGUACACGGCGCAUCCUCAUCCACAGCAAAUACUAACUCGACGAGCGUGUCAACAACACAGUCGCAGUCGAACAACAACCAUAAAAGCAGCAGCAGCAGCAGCAACGCUGGCAACACUGGCGCCAGCGGCAGCAAUCGCCUGCUCAGCUACACGACGUUCGAGAACAAUCAGUACAAGUUCAGUUUGAACAAUGCGGCGCUGGGCAAGGCGACGACGUCUGGCGCACGUGUUGCCAGCAGCAGCAGCAGCAAUCUCACGGGUAACAUGGUAACAACCGGUAAUGGUGGUGGUGGCAAUGCUCUUAGCAGUGGUGGUGGUGGUGGUCUUGGUGGUGCUUUCAGUCGACAACGCAGCUUUGUCGAAUGGCCCAAUAACCCGGCGGCGCCUUAUUACUAUCAAGGACCCUCGACGAGUGCGGCACAAGUGAAGCGACGCGAUGCCAAGUCCGACAUUGGUGUCCCCACACGUCGGCUCUCCGGUCAGAGUGUGACCAAGACGCAGCUGCUCACCGGGGGCAGCGGCGGCGGCAGUUCGCAGCUGGCCAAUGCCAGCUGUUAUCCCAUGCACUAUGCCAGCAGCAAUGUGACCAAUCUGAGUGGCCACAAUCGCGUCUUGGGUCAACGCGGCGUCGUCGGCAGCGCCGGUGUUGGCAUUGGCUUCGCUGGCCUGCAGCCAGCCAAAUCGGAUCUGUUUCUCUCCUACAUCCAUGGCGGCGAAUACGAACGGCCCUACAUCUACAACUACAAGAUGCCACAGAUGCCGCCCGGCUUGCUCGGCGGCUCCUUCUCUGGCAUCGGGCAUAGCAAUGGAAACGGGAGCGGGUCGGGGUCGGGUUCGGCCUCGGGGUCGCCGAAGCAACAGGCGAGCGCGUAUCACAUUUCGGGCGCACAGACUGCGGAUCCCCCGCCACCGCCGGCGCCUUUGUACGGCGGCUCGGCGCCCGCCAACGAUGUCAUGUACUAUCAGUUUGACAAAGGCGCCGCCAAGUCACAACAACAGCAACAGCAACAGUCACAACAGCAGCAGCAACAGCAACAGCCUCCGCCCAUUGUGCAGCAGCCAAAGGCAACGUCAGCAAAUGUUGCAGGUGGCAGCGGCGGUGGGGCAGCUGCUGGGCCAUUAGUGUAUCUGCAGCAUGGACAGAAUGUCGCGCCAUCGAAUGUCACCUCAACGCAGCAAACUGCAAUGCAUCAUCAUCAUCAUCAUCAUCAUCAGUCGUCGCACUCCUGCAGCGAGGAGGACGAAGCGAUGGCCGUGUUGGAGGCAAUGCAACCGGAUGCGACCACAACUAAUGAUGAGGCCGAAGAAGACACCGAUGAUGUGUAUGACGAUGAGGCAGCCGAGGCUGAGGAUAUGUUUGAUCCUGAUGUCCCUUUGAUGUCCCCAACUGGCAGCAACAACAGUGCCAACAACAACAACAACAACAACUUCGGCAGCAACAACAACUCUAAUCGAAAUGCAGUUGCAUCCAUUUCCGCAUUGGCCAAUAUUAAUCUAGAUAAUUGCAAUGCGAAUGUCUACGGUGGUCAACAACAACAGUGUGCCAACGACACCAGUCUCCAUCAGCAGCAACAACAACUUGUAUUGCCAAUUACCACAAGCAACCAAACGUUAAAUUGUCCCACAUUGAAUGCAAAUAGCCAUAGCAGUAGCCAAACCAACUCCAAUUCCAAUAGCAACACCAAUAGCAAUUCCAAUACCACUUGCAAUACGAAUGCGUAUCCGAAUGAACCAACAGCAUCAUCCCCAGUUGCCCCCACCACAGCAACAGCAACCACAACAGCAGCAGCAGCAGCAGUAGCAGUAGCAACAGCAGCAACUGCAACGAACUCACAACGAACCAAUUCCAAUUCGCACUCGAAUUUACAACAAAAUCAAAACAUUUCCUCCAGUUUAGAGAUAAUUCUAUCGCCAAUUAUACAAAGUAGUCGCCGAGCGCAAUUGUAAGCGAAAUGAGCACAGAAUUGUGAGAAUUAGCUAAAUUUAAUUUGCAAUAGCCAACGCCCGCCCACAACGAGCACGCCCACGCCCACGCACAUGGCCAGGACCUCGCAGCAGCAGUAGAAGCAGCUGGAAAUGUUUGUGCCUCAGCGCCGCCACCAACAGCAUUCUGUAAACUUUGGCUGCAGCAGCAACAUCAACAGCAUCAGCAACAACAACAACAGGAGCAGCAGCGACAACAACAACUCUACGAGCAGCAGCAAGCUUGGCUAUAAGCAACAGCAACAACAACAAACACCAACAACAACAUGUGUAAGUGCAAAGUUAAAUGAAACUACAUGCGGGUUGCAGCGCUGAAAAGUAUGCUACACUAAAAGUAAAGGCAGCAGCUGCAACGAGAACAACAGCAGCAGCAGCAACCAACAUUAACAACAAUAAACAACAUUUAAAAGCCGUCGAGGCAAAAGUUGUACGAAAACUUUUGGGCUCCGGCAACGUUGCGGGCUUUUGUCGUUGCAAAUUAAAUGUACAUUCUGCCAACAUGUAAAUAGAUAAUGUCUUUACCCGAAUCUUAUGUAUACUAUAUAAGUAUGAGUGUGCGUGUGUGUAUGAAAGAAUGUGUGUGUGUGUAUAGCAAACAAAUCAAAUUGUGCUAAAAACUAAUUAGCUAAGCAAAACACUUUAAAAUAUGUAACAAAAGGCAAACUCAAAACUGCCGAAUACGGAAUGUGGAAUGCGGAAUAGCUUAAGAGAUGCGAAGCAAAUAAUCAAAAAGCCAAAAAAGCAAAUGUAACUCACAGAUAAAAAAGCCAACGGCACGCAACAAGAACAACAACAACAAGAAUAACAACAACAUUGGCAUAAAAGCAAAAAUAAAUUGUGCGUUAAUGAUAAGCGGCGCGCAUUUCGGCGGCAUAAAAUUUAUUAAAAUAUGCGAGAAGCGCCACAGACAGCAAGAAGUGAGAUAGAGAGAGAUAGAGAGAAAGAGAGUGGGGCGCCUAAAAGCAGGCAACAGCAAAUAUAUUUAUGCUUACGAGUGUAUUUGUAUGUGGAGGCUUAGGCAACACACACACACACACACAUGCGAAGAAAGAAAGGAAGAGACACACAGACAGAGAAAGAGAGAGAGAGAGAGAGAGGGAGAGGGAAAAACACUCGCGCUUCCUGCACAAGGAAAUCGUUAACGAUAAAUAUAAAAUUUUAUUGUUAUGCGUGUGUUGCUUUCACACACACAUACAUACAUACGUGCGUAUGUGUGUGUGUGUAAGGAAGUGUGUGUGUGUGUGGCCUGCAAGUAAAUUAAAUAUGCUUUUUUAUUAACUACUAAGAACCAAUUUGAUACGCAUUCAAAUAAUACCAUGAAAAUUAUGUAAAAUUCAAUUUUACUUCAGCGGAAAACGAAAUUAAAGAGAUCAGCAGCGAGAGAGAGGAAGCAAAGCAAAGCCAAAUAAAUUUAUUUAGUAGCACAUAAAUGUAAUUUUAAUAAAAUUAUAUUACAUAUUACGAAUACGAAUACAAGUAUGAGAA